AUGUUCAACGGUUUGACGCAAAUCUCCGGUGCUGCGGGAACCGGCAAGACUCAAUUAGCUUUAGAUGCAGCAGUCUCCCUCCUGGUGCAGAGCGAUCGUAGCUGUGUUUACUGGUUCUACACGAAGGGUAAGCUAGCAGGCUUUCCAACCGAACGGGCUUUGGAAUUGUGCAGAGCGAGACUUGGAUGUAGGGGCACUUCAACAUCUAAUGGGCCGCGAAAGAAAGAUGCCAGCACAUCACGAUCAGAAGACGAGGAAGAUGCACUGGUCUUGUACGACGAUAGCGACACCAGCAAAGUAGAGAUCGACAAGAAAGUCAAACAUGCCUUCUCCCGCCUCUUUCUCCGACACGUAACAACUUCGGGUGAAUUGACGGAGCAUGUGAAGAUGUUGACAGAACAACUCAUUAGUCGUGGGAGUGAAGAAGAAAAAGACGAGGAAGUGGAUGUGCGACAACCGUUCAUAGUUGUCCUCGAUGCGAUCAACGGUUUAGAAUUCGCAGACCGUGCAUAUGAACGAUCGUCGCAGCUUUUUAGGUUGGCGGCAGCGCUGAAGCGACUAGAAUGUUGCAGCAGAAUAAAUGGUCGAGUCAUAAUUCUAAACGGAGUCGUCACGAAUUUUUCUUCCACCGCAAAGAACGGCCGCAACCUGAAACCUGCCCUUGGCUUGUCCUGGAGCUACUGUCACAAGCAGCACGUUUCCUUGUGGAAAAGGGACACAGGUGUAGUGGUGUCUGGUGGCGGGAGAGGAGGAUUCGCUUUGGAAGGUGGAGAUUGGCGAGACGAUGCUGCUUUGGAAGAUGAAGACGAGCAUGAUGAAAGUGAAGAAGAUGCAGAGUCAGUUCAGGUGGAGGAUGAACAGGAUCAGGAUGAAGACGUAGAAGUAGUGGUGAUUGGAGGCAACGACGAGGUGGUGGACCUAAGGAGCAAACGAAGAAGAACAGUAGCUGCUUCAUCCUGGACUGCAAAUGAUCAUGCUGCGAACCAGUUGCUACCUUCAACUAUUAAUUCCAAUCUUCGCCACAAGAAGCAGAAGAACCAGACCCUACAAGUCCAGCACAAAAAGCCUCGAAUCAGAACUCGUAUGUGGUAUCGUGAACGAUGCUCGGGACCUGUGGGAUGCGGAUUCUUCGAAAUCACGACUGGAGGUGUCGCGCUUGAUGGCACGAAUAGCAUUUUUGAUGAGCUUCCUUUUUUAGCACCUUGA